UUGGUUGUCGAGAGAAAGGCGAACGGGAAAAGGCGGAGAAGCCAAAGAGGGACGCCACGGGCACAUCGGUGAGGGCACAACGGGUCUUACCUAGGACAAACGCCAAGAGUAUAGGCACCUGAGGGACUUGGUGGAAGAGGAGUGGGCCGUUACUUCAACACUGCCCUGGACAAAGGCAACGACCUGAUAUACCCAGGGCUUCACUCAGAGAGACUGCUAGACCGCUGAAGCCCUGAGCUGGGGGAGCCCUGUCCUCAGGCUCCACACCUCACCUGGCCUGCAUUUCACCCAUCAACCCCCUUCUACCACCACAGACUCGCCCCAGCCCAGCCUGUCGUCGCUAUGACGUCGGAGCUGGAGAGUAGUCUGACCUCCAUGGAUUGGCUGCCUCAGCUGACUAUGCGGGCGGCGAUCCAGAAGGCGGAUGCCCAGGGGCACCACGGUGGGCCGGGCAUGGUCAAGAAGAGCGCCAUGCUGGACCCCAACACUACGCUGGACCAGGAGGAGGUCCAGCAGCACAAAGACGGCAAGCCGCCCUACAGCUACGCCAGCCUCAUCACCUUCGCCAUCAACAGCUCGCCUAAGAAGAAGAUGACCCUGAGCGAGAUCUACCAGUGGAUCUGUGACAACUUCCCCUACUACAGGGAGGCGGGCAGCGGCUGGAAGAACUCAAUACGGCACAAUCUGUCAUUGAACAAGUGUUUUCUCAAAGUGCCUCGCUCCAAAGAUGACCCAGGAAAGGGCUCCUACUGGGCCAUCGACACCAACCCAAAGGAGGACGCCCUGCCCACACGGCCAAAAAAGAGGCCGCGGUCCGGAGAGCGGGCUUCCACACCGUACAGCCUGGAGUCAGAGUCUUUGGGAAUGGACUGUAUGAUCUCUGGAAGUGCCUCUCCAACUCUGGCAAUCAACACUGUGACUAACAAGGUGGCAUUAUACAACCCAGACCAGGAUGGGAGUGACAGCCCAAGAAGCAGCCUUAACAACAGCCUGUCUGACCAGAGUCUGGCCUCCGUCAAUCUGAACAGUGUGAGCAGCGUGCACAGCUACACACCGGUGACUAACCACCCAGAGCCGGUGUCUCAGUCGAUGAGCCUCCAGCAGCCCCUCCAGCAGCCCCUCCAGCCCCAGUACAACAUGCCAGAGAGGGACAAGCAGCUCCUCUUCUCUGACUUUGAAGAUCUCAGUGCCUCCUUCCGCAGCCUUUACAAGUCUGUCUUUGGGCAGUCCUUCAGCCAACAGGGUUUGAUGGGCAUGCCAACGGAGUCAUCCCAGCAGACCCACACCUCCUGCUCCUAUCAGCACUCCCCCAGUGGCACCAUUAGCACCCAGAACAGCCUGACAAACAACCACUCCAGCAGCGGUGGCCAGGUGCCCCUGUCCCACCCUCCCCAGCUCCCGGGCCAGAACUCCCACCCGGGCCAUGGCUCGCCCCACGCACAGCACCUCUCCCAGCACGGCCCACACAACCAACACGCCCAGCACACCCAACACAACCAACACCAACACCCACAGCACCCCCAUCACCCUGCACACUCCCAGCAUUGUCCACACCCAUCGCAGCACGCCCAGCACCCGCAGCAGCACACGCCGCACCCCUCCCAACACGCACAGCAGCACUGCCAGCACCCUUCCCAGCAGCAGCAUCAAAGCCUGGCUCACCAGCCUCAUCCUGCCCAGCAACAGAUGGCCUGCAACACGGGUCUGCCCUCUGACUGGUACCCAAAUCUGGACGCACUGAAAGAGAGCUGCCGUAUUGCCAGCAGUUAUAACUGGGCUGAUGUCGACCUUUCACCUUUUCAAGGACUGAAGGAGAGCAUGAGACUUGCAGAGCAGAACAACUGGGCCCUGGAGCCCACACAGAUCGCAGAUCUCUGCUCAUCUAUCAACCAGUUCUUCGCCCGCACCGGCGUCAUUCAGCCACAGGGGGCAGUGCAGCCACCACCCGUACCCGUAUGCCAUGGCUCCAUGCACCCCAACAAGCCCAGCCAGCACAUCACCACAGGAAAUCUCUACAUGGACUCCAGACAGAGCAUGUCUAUGAUGGGCCCCCCAGGGUACCCCCACAUGCCCCCCAUGAGCAGCGCAGGCCCCACAAUGACAGGACACCAUGCACAGAUGAACCAGCAGCACAUGAUCUCUCCCAGAAACUUCCAGAUGCACCGCAUGCCAGCUGAUGACAUCCAGGAUGACUUUGACUGGGACUCUAUUGUCUAAUGUUAGUUGUUCUGCCCCUAUGAGGAGCGGUCAGGAGGUGCAGAGCAGGUGGGAGUAGGCGGAAGAAACCAGGCUGAGCUGGACGCUCUAACGAGGAGACUGACUGCUGCUGCUGCUGGUGGGAUACAGAACAGAAGAACAGGUGUCAUUUUCCGAGGAGAGAGGGAGAGAGACUUCAGAGUGCUGACAUUUUUACAAACAAAAACGAAACAUACAAAAUAAAUGUUACUUUGAAGACAAUCAUAUUUACUAGGACAUGUUUAAAUGGUGGCUUAUGUGCUUGUCUUGACGAGGCAAGUAGCACACGUUCAUGUCAAAACAAAUCCUCCAGUCCUCGUCCCUCAGCCAGCAGCUUUCCAAAGUUCCCCCAGCUCCCUCCGUAACUGUUGUGUGAUAUGAGCGACUUGUUCCACUUGUUAUCCUUCUCCUGUUGACUUUAGGCCUCAGCUGCCUCUUGGAUGAGAUUGUCUCUCUCUAUUCGUUUUUAUUAUUUUAUGGAAAACGCAGGCUGCCUCAGUAAUGUGGUGCUUGUUGGUCACCUAUGGGUGGACGAUGGAUCCCCAAUAGUGGGUUUAUUGGUAGAAAGGUUAGGUUUACAAUAACUGAGGUUAUGUUAUGAACAGGGUGUUUUGCAUUGAACUAGGCUUCAUAUAAAGAUUACAAAUGCUUUAUCAUAGAGUAAUCUAUCCAGUUGUCCUUUAACCAACCCACCUGGCCCAUUUUUUAAAAAGCUGAUUGUGUACAUUCAGAAACAUUACCGGCAGUAUUUGUUGUGGUUUUGUGUCUAUUCUGUCAAAAAUGUCAUACCUUUAUCUCCAAUACUCCAACAAGACUGAGUGGAUGAAUGAGUGGAUGAAUGAGUGGAUGAAAUCCAGACCUCCUCAUCACAUUUGUUUUCUUCGUCUGGCUUUUUUUCCUUUGUCUGAAUAAUACGUUCUCUAUCACUACAUCCUUCCACUGGUCCUGCAAUCAAUGAGAUUGAUUAUAAUUUCCCUGUACUAGUGUAUUAAGGGAAUAGUUCAUAGUUAAUACACAAAAUGAAUUUGAGUACACGUAUACGUCUGUAGGUGUCUCUUCAUCUAUUCUAGGAUAUUUUCCUAUUCUCUCAUGAUGCAGGAAAUGUACUGAUUUAACUCAAUUAUUAAAUCAUAGGGUCUACUACAAGCAAUAGGAAUGUUCUUCAUUCAGAUGCUAUCCAUCUGAAAUCAUCAGAAUCAGUAUCAAUCUCCCCAAUAUGUUAUUGGUUGUGACCCAGUCAGACUUCCACUGCAAGGCAGGAAAUAUGCUGUCAUACCAUAUAAAAAAGGGAACGAGGUGUGUGUGUGUUUGGUUUUAUUGUAAUUUUAGGGCUAUGGUUGUUUGUUGCAAUCAUCUGCAUAUGCUAUCAAUGAGCACAAAACGGAUGCACACACAAAAAAAGAUGAAUGCAAAGGUUAGAGGCAGAUAUGGAUUUUGUAGGCAGGGUUUCUUAUGCAGACAAAUGAGCGCUCUGGUCAACAGCCAAGUGGAGAUAGAGGAUGGGAGACUAGUGGUGCUGGAAACACUCCUGUUCUCUCUGUGCCUCAGUGGUGCCUUAAUCAGACUGGCCCUGAACCCUCAUCAUGGUGCUGCGUUGAACCUAUAUGGGAGCUUCAUCUGGGUGUAGCACAGUUCAUCUUACCUUUUUACUUUGUUCCUCCGCUAUUGGCCCCUUAGAAAAACUAAAGCUGUGGCUGGAGUUUGUUUUACUCCAUUGCUGAAAAUGUUUUUGUUGUUGUAAUCGAACAACAAUCAUGACAUUGUUUUGUAAGAUCACAACACCGCUGGGCCCAGACACCAAUAUGUCUCUUGUGACAGUGUACAUGUGUAGAUACAGAACGGUCAUUGUCCUUUUGAAACAGGAUGCAGAAGAAAAGUGGGGAAGCUUGGAUGGAACUAGAGCUAGCUCUUUUCACAGCAACCUAUACUGCCAGGCAUGUCUGAAAGGUUUCACAGAUCUUUUAGCAGCCAGUUCAUUAAUAGUGCCCGUUAUUUUUGAUCUUAUAGGCUAAAUGGGGUUUUAUUUUACACCAUUUUUUUCAAUUUCUUACUUCUGCUACCUGUACCGGGUUUUGGGUUGGAUUCCCAAAUGUUCUUUGUAUUUGAAACCGUUGUGUGUGGCUCAUUGUCUUGCCUGUGGAUACCCAUUGAGUGUUUUAGGCUUUGUUUGAUGGCCAAAAUCAGUCAGUCAUUCAGUCAUUUAAAGCACAGUCUGAUUUGCUCAUUCAGUUAAAAAGUCAAGAUCACUUAAGAUCUUCAUUAGUGAAGGAGGAGUACUUUAUGGAGAAGAGAUGAGUGUAGCGAUUUUGAAUUUGCCAUUUGACUGCUCGAUAAAGUCAACUUGGGUGCUGCAGACUCUGGGACUGACCCAAGGGAUGGGUGUUUAGAGGGAGACGGUAAGAAUGUGGACAUGAAAGUGAUGGGGAAGUCUUGGCAGCCCAUUGUUUUUGUAUGUUGCAUUUCAUCACUGGUAAUGAUGAAGAAGGCGCUGACGGAAAACGCUAGAUGACAGUCGUAGGGUUCGUAGGAAACCCACAGCUCAGAGGAGAUUGAAAGGGUGGAUGUGAUCAGAGGUAAAGAAGAAGGGAAAGAUCUGUGUGUGCUUGUGCGUCUGUCUGUGUGCGAGCGAGUACAUUUUGCUUAAAAAUACAAUUUAAAAAAAUGUUUUUAUACUGCUGGGGAUGUACUUGCCAGAGAGAUUACUAUGAUAUGAAAAAAGAAAAUAAGCCUUGUGCGCUUGUUACAUUACGGAGAAAACUGCCAACAAGUACUGCUGAUUGAGGCCUAUUUUAUUCAGUGCUGGUGUGUUGUUGUGCUUCUUGUAAAUAAAUGUAUUUUCAAUCAUCCCUUUUUCCUCUUGGGGGCGGGGCAUCAAGGCAGGGGGUGGGUCUUACUCAUGAAAGAGGGAAAAGAAUAGAGUAUUUUGUUAUUCUCCAAUCAGAGGGUGAGACCGUAUGUGUAUAUAUCUAUAUUGUAUAUAUGUGAUGAAAAUGUGUUGGCUUUUUGUGACACUACCUUUUACCUGUACUAUGGUUCUACAUUCAGUGUUUCAAUGUUGAUAAUAUAUAUUUUGUUUUGUUUUUCUGUUUUUGAUUUUGUCUUUGUCAUUUCUUGUAUUUGUUUUCUUUUUCUCCUUUUAGUCCUCUUGGUUAUUGCACGGUUUAUUACUUUUGCUGUCCAAUGAGGUGAUACAGCUACUAUUUGUAUUGGUUUAGUGCUGUAAAAUAACUUGUUAUUAGAAUUGUCGAUUUCCCCCCCCCCCCAUCCCCAAUAUGCAUGAAUGGCACUUAAAGAAAUAAAAUAUGUUAACUUCA